CGUCAGAUAAUGGUCUAUCCCGUUCAGCAAACUGACUCAACAUCAAAUCGAUCGUAUUCAAAUGAAGCUUUCGCUUACUGUCAAACUCAUUCGCCCUCGAUUUUUUUAGCCCCGCAACAACAACACCACCAGCAAUUUAUUUACAGUCACUACAAUUCUGCACCUCGCACAUCAUCAACUCCGCAAUACAUCGGUCAUGCCCGCAAGCCUGGAACUUUAACUAUUCGUGAGCAAGACCCAUACCGAGGGAUAAAAAAUCAAGCUGUAAAUACUAAAACAAUUAGAAUAAAAGAAAUAUCUGGUCCUGUUCCGCCACUAGCCUAUGCCUCGCCACCAUUGGUUAUUUAUGACCCAGUUCAAAAUCAGAUUUCAUCUACCCUAGCUCCAGUGUAUUUCAGUCAAUCGCCCUGCUUCAAUCACGUUCCGUACUCCAAUGACUACACCAAUUACAACCACGUCAUGUCCCAGCCCUACUAUAAGACUGCCGAUGUUCAAAAUUAUCUGAUACCCGAUCCGAAGCCUCUCAAUCAAUUCACCGCUAUUCCGCAUAAUUAUUAUGCAGCAAAUAUGCAGAAGUCUCAUUUUCCUGCCGUUUAUUCGAGUGCUGAAGCUCAACCUAAGAUUGCGGGACAAGUAUUUGCUCCUUCUAGUCUGAAUUUGAGUCAAAGUUCGAGCCAAAUUUCAAAUCCAGGUGGAAAAUUGACGCAGAUUUUAUCAACUCCCAAUGAAAGUAAAUAUUCCGAGAAAGAAUACCAACAUCGGCUCCCUUACACAGAAACGCUCGUAGAAAAUAAAACAGUCUCAAAACUUCCUAAGGCUUUAAAAACUCUGACCAAUGAAGAAAAAUAUGUUGAUGAGUAUUCAAAUUUUGAUUUUACGGUAGAAGCUGAAAAAAUGGUGUCGGCUUUGUGCAACACUUCUGUGCAAGAAGACAGAGAAGAGGAUGAAAAAGAUAAAGAUCAAGAGAAAAAUAAAUUACCAAAUGAAGAUGAGAAUGAGAGUGAGAAAAAAAUUUAUAAGCCUUGGUAUCUAGAAGAUUAUGAGGAAAAUAGAACAAAAUCCAUCGGCACGCAGACUCUCGAUCCAACAGAGGAGUCUACUUACCGGGAAUCGCUUCGUAAAACAGUGAACUGGGGGUGUAAUCAAGCGGAAACAAUUUUGAAGAGCUCGGAAAGUUCGCGGGAAAAAUGGCUCGCUAGUUUAUCAGCAGCCACCAAAACGGCGCUCGCUAAAUCUUCAACAUGCUUUCCUGUCUUUUCUGGCGACAAAGUAUUUUCGCAGGAUCUGAUAAACUCACUUCUGCGCAUCAGCAACGGCUGGUUAAUCCUCGAUCACUAUUUGAACAAGCAGCAUCACGCGAAUUUGAAUUUAAAUGACAAAUAUGACAGUGACUUGCUCAAGUCUUUUAAAAACUGGGAAAUGUUUACAAGGGAGCUUCUGGAUAAUGUUAUCAAGACUUUCACUAAGCUAGACGCGAGUUCUAAAAACGAAAGCCUCCCCACGAAUUCCAGUGUACAUUCAUUUCCUGGAGACGUUUCUCUAUAUUUAACUCAGGGGCUUUUUGGAGAUACCUCGGCUCAAAAUAGUAGUACAAACACAAGAGUCAAAUCUGGUCGGUCUUUAUUUAGCAACAGUUUGGCUGAUAAUGAACAGAAAGAAAAGUCUUCGAAUGUAAAUUAUGCCCGAGAGAGUAAACUACGAACAAGGUGGACAAUAACGGAACAAACUCACUCGAAUGACAUUAAUUUAAACUGCCUUCAAAAUUAUGAAAACUCCGACUGGAAUUUGUUCCCCAAAGAUAUACCGAAGCAAAUAACGUCGGUAAACAACGAAGUUCAGCAAAAGCUGCACUACAAUUUUUUAAUAACUCCCCAAGAAACUUCUGAGGUUCCUGCACAAUAUUUUCAAUUCAAGCAGAUGUACGAAAGUCAACCUUGCGUCCAAUCGAAUUCAACAAAUGAAAACCGAACUUUUUGGAACUCUCACGCAUCUCCAUCCCCAAUUUGCAAUUCACUUCCGUACAGUGCAAGUUUGAACAACAGAAUGACGGUGUUGAGUUCAGUUGAAACUAAGCAUACGGAAGUCAAUAAUUUAAAUGAAGGGGAAACGAUUAAUUUAUCUGCUCUGUUCGCGAGUAUAAAGAACAAGCGUGUCAAUUCAAACAAGUCUGAAAGCUCGACUAGUUGGUGGAAAUCCUCAAACGCUAUUUCGUCAAAAUUCCGGGAAGAAGCCGCGAAGAAUUCAAAAAAUUCUGACGCCGCGGCACUGAAAAAUGACAUCAAUCGGCAAUUGCGCACUCUGAAAAAUAUGAGGACUAUACAAUCUGCGCCGUGGACAGCUAAUCAUCUGCUAAAUGACUCUCCGAAGAGUAAGCAAGACAAUAGCGAAGAUUUGAAAGUUUACAUGAAACCUGGUAGCUACAACGUGCCACGGAAGAAGUUUCAGAGUCGUCGCAAUCGAAAGGAUACUUCCAAGUCAAACGGGACUCAAUCUAAGUCGUCGGAAGAUUUUGGGAGCAAGGCAGUUAAUUCAUCUUCUUCGUCGACCUGCUCGCAGGAUAUUUCUAAAGACGUCGCUUGGAAAGCCGCUUGCGCUUCUGCAGAACUUUUACUAGACGCUUUAAUUGUUAGAAAAAGCUACAAAAUUGAAGAAGCUGAAACGGUUCCUGAAGAAAACAAAAAUUGUGAUGUUGAAAAUGUAAAAGUUGAUGGUGAGUUUGAAGACUGUGAUAAAGCUGAAGGGAAGGAAUUGAAGAAGGAUCUAAUUGAUGGAAGUAAAAAAAUUUGUGAAGAAAAAUGUAAAGUGAUUGAUGAUAGAUCUAAAGAUGUUUCGCCAGGACAUCACAAGACUAAUGUCAAAACGGAUUCUUGGUUGAUUCGAACCCUCAGUAAUGCAAAUGAAUCAAAACAUGUUGAACCGAAAAAAUCUGGCUCAGUUGAAGAAAGCGACAGCGUUGUUUUGUGGAAAAAAGAUUACAAAGGAGAAAAUUCUGUUUCUGUGGAAACGAGCCACACUAUUUCUGUGAUGGCUUUAGUGGAUGUCGUAGGCAAGGCGACCUACUCAGAAACUGUAAGAAGAUUUUCUUCUAGCAAACCGUGCGCUCAGGUUCCUUUAAAUACGAAGGAAGACGAGAAAAACAGCGUUUGUAAGAGUUCGAAUGGUGGAUCGGGUGUGAGUGAUGGGAAGAAGGAGCCGGAUGUUAAGAAGACCUCGGUUGCGAAACAGGAAGCUCUGAAAGCAAGGAUAGAGUGUCGGAAGUCUGCUGAAAGCCGUAACAAGUCUGGUUUUCUACCCAAGAAUCGAUGGGUUCAAAUUAAAAAGUCGUGUUUACCUUAACAUAGAUACAUUUUUGAUUAUUAUUUUUAUUUAA